AUGGCCAGCCUCCGAUCAGCCAUUCGUUUGACGCCUCGCGCGCAGUUCGCACGCUCGUCACCCGCCUUUUGCAACACGCAGCGACGACUUGCUUCAGUCACAUCCAGGCCAGCGACAGACGACAAGGCAGCCAGCCAGGCUGAGCAAGCCUCGGAAGAUCUCGGAGAUGAUCCCAACAUGGCUGUUUUGCAGAACGGCAACUACCCCGACCCUUCUCUCACAUCAGCGCUCCCGAUAAAGCGACAACAUCGUGAUCCUUACGGGGAGUGGUGGGAUCCCAUUGAGAAGCGAAACUACGGCGAGACUGUUCACGAAGAUAACGACAUUCUGGGAGUGUUCUCGCCAGAUGAAUACACUCACUUCAAGCCCGGCUGGGGAGCAGUCCUUUUCGGCUCCUUUGUGGCUUCUGUGGGUGUACUUUGUGCUGUUGUGUACCAACUAUACCCCGACCAGCCUGCGGUUUCACGGACCUUCGAGGGUGGUCUCGAUCGUGAGCUAGGUGGCGCACUCGCCGUUCCAGCUCGCGCCUCGGAAGACCAGCCUGCGCCUCUCGAUCGCGAUGUCGCAUGAAUAUGAAGGCGACCUGCGUGUACCUAAUAUACAAACACACUGCUCGUGUGAUGUAUGACCACAUAUUUGCUUUGUUUGUGUAAAACAGUGGAUGCCACCUAAGUGCAGCGGCACUGAGAUCAAGAACUCCAGAUUGAGCUUGAUCGCAUAAAGACAUAUCACAAUUUGGAAAACUUGAAAACUCUGAUCGGAUUUUAGCAGCUGGUCACGGCUCGUCAAGACUAUUCUGGGCAACCUGCUCCAUAUGUCAAGAUGGUUCGUCUGCAACUGAUAGAAGCGAAGUGAUGUUGGCCUUCACAUGCA